GUGCUGUCUAUUUUUGCCUUUGCCACAACCACCAGCCAUUCGACGUCGACCAAGUUCUCCGCUCAUUGUAUCAACAGAACUCAACCUGUGACCUUCUCUUACAGCUACCCGUACGACUUGACCAAAGUAUGCUUCUCUCAGCCCGUGUGUGGAGCUGGUACCAAAAACGCUACAGAUUCCUUCUGUCUGCUGGCUGGGGCACAGUCGGCAGCUCAGUUCUAUGUCUUUGUGGGUGUCAUUGUCUUCCUCUACUGCCUUACAUCGCUGGUAUUCUAUAUCGUGUUUGAUACCUUGUACAGAAGAUACUCCAGGAUUGUUGUUGCUGAUUUUAUUAUUUCCAUUGUUCUGACGGUACUCUGGGUGAUAUCAUCCUCGGCUUGGGCUGCAGGAGUCGCAGACGUCAAGACGUACACAGAUCCUGCAGAGGGUGGCAUCAUAGGACCCACCAGUAAAGUGACAGACUGCCAAAAGCCGGGCAGUUGCACCGUUGACCACCUUGGCAACUUUGCUAGCCUCAAUGUUUCAGUUAUAUUCGGCUUUCUCAACUUCCUUGUCUGGCUGGGCAACCUCUGGUUCCUGUACAAAGAAACGCCUUGGUUCAAAGUGCAAGCUAAACCCCCAAUGCAGCCUGGAGCAGUUUCCGAGACAGACCCACAACGAGUUUAG